UUUGAAUCAUGAUCAUCUUGAUUUAAUAUGUGGUUAAUAGUAUAUAAUCAGCAUUUGUUCGGAAUGCUCUAAAUUGGUUUUACGUUAAGGUUUUAUCAAUACCAUAAAAAGCUAGGCGUGAACCUAACCCAAAGCACAAAAAGGAUCAAACUGGGUCAAGGCUUGUUCAGACUGGAAUCCAUGUAAACCCAAUGCGAAGCCGAAAUGGUCCACCAAUUUGUCUCUUGUGGUUCAUCUGCUGAUCUACAUUCAUGGAUUCAUCCUGUUGGAGGUCAGAUUCCUUGCAGUCUCUCUCCUGGGGACAGCCAGAAGUUUGCUUGAAGUUUCCUCGGCGAAUCACCAAUUCUGACCUCGUGCUGCCCCGAAAACGAGUGUGAGCAACACUGAAUCACAAGGGAGAAAUUAGUUAGUGUAGCCAUGAAUCAGCAAGGAGCCAAAGCCGAUUGAAGAAAAAAGUGACUCACGACAUGGUCAAUUUGAAUAAUUGAAUAUCUCAAGCCAUAAUCAUAUUCUCAGAUAUCACCUGGCUGCUCCAUUGCUAGACGGCUAGAAUGAGUGGGGGUGAAGUACAAAAUACCACAAAAGCAGGCUUGGCACGUAUGUAUUGGCUAGGGCCAUGGCAAUGAUGCCAGAUGGAAAUGUCUAAUCAUGUACCAACUUGUAUAUCAAAUCUCCAACAACUGAAUAGCAAACGUCUCGAAUAUGUUAUUUUGAUACUAAUUGACUUUAAAAUUGAAAGACAAAUGUAUAACAAAUUGGAGCAGUACUUUGCUGAAUUUUAUAUUGACAACGUUUCUCGGACAUGGCCAGCUAAUUAUAGGCAUAGAAACUCUCCCUCUAUAUCUGCAAUAGAACUCUCAAAUAAUAUCGGACUGUACCACUUUUCCCCUACAAAUGACUGGGAGAAUUUUUCUAGUGAUUUUCUUCUUCUGGGCUCUCCUCGCAAUUGUCACCCCUACACUAGUUCUCUUAUCAGAAUCUUCAAAACCUUACUUGGAUUUAAAUGUUGAGAAAAAGGGUGGGGUGCUGAAGCCUAGGAGAAUGAUGGGGUACUUGGAGAAACAACCGAGAAUAGAAGAAAUAGCUCUGGCAUCAAUAUUGCAGGCACCGACACCAGCUCCAGAACCAGAACCAGAACCAGAACCAGAACCAGUUUCUGGAAUUAGAGAGGCUAUUUUGACAAGGUUUCUUAAGAAGAGAUGAGGCUGGUGAUCAUCAAACUUGCUCUCAUGGCUAUGUAGGUUUGAUUUCAGAUUCUUUGGUUAUUUAAACAAACUCUUUGAAGGCUCUAAUCUUGUUCGAAUGUCAUAAAAAAAAUAGUGUAGCAGUUGAAGACAGAACUUGUAGAUGUAUAUACCUGUGCUAUAGAAACAAUUGCGUCAGAAAUUUUCUUGUGCUGUGAAUCAAGUUUUUGUAAAGGGCAAAGAAAACGAGUGGAAAUAAUUUUCCUGAUUUUUUUUUCA